UGAAUUUAUUUCAUUGAUUAUUUUUGCUUUCAAUAAAUGGUGAUAAUUUAUUGUUAGUGCAUAUUGAUUGUCACAGUGAUGUGUCUCUGAAUAAUUUAACAAAAAGUAUAAAACUGAAAGAUACAAAUUGUUUGCAAAAAUUGACAGUUUUUCGAUUUAUUUUCGUAUAAGGAACAUGUCCGCCCUCCGGUUGGCGUCCUCAUUCAUCUUUUGUUUACGAGAUGUUUUUUUUAAUAAUUAAAUUAAAGCAAAUUAUUGCUUGAAAAUUAUUUUCAUUUUAUGUAUGCUAAGUAGAAUUCAUUUGUUAUUUAUUUGCGAAAAAUAAUGACAAAUCAAAAAUUAUGCCGGCUUUGUGCCGACACAAAAGAGAAUUUUAUUGGAAUUUACGACGCUGAGGGUCAAAAAUUAGCAAUCGAUGCUAAAAUUAAUAAGUGUCUUCAAAUUCAGGUUUUAAUGAACGAUGACUUACCGUUGACGGUAUGCAUCGAUUGUUGUGUACAACUGAAUUUGUGCAGUGAAUUUUAUGAGAAAACAAAUAAAGCUCAAAUAUCUCUUCGGCAAUUGUUGAUGAAUGUAAAAACAGAUGUUCAUGUGAUCGAGGGAAAUAUUGAAUAUAUCGAUAAAUCAUUGGUGGAUCCCCUAAAGCCGGAACAAAACGAGAGAAUUGUCGAAUUUCCUCCAAAUCAUAAUUAUAUCACAAAUACUGUUAUUGAUAAUAAUUCCGACAAUAUUGAUCCUUCGAUUGAUAUUAGCAAUAGUGUGGAAAUUGGCAGUACAGUGGAAAUUAAUAAUAUCUACUUUUCCGAUGGAAAUUUAGACACAAAAUUGAAAUUCGAAUCUGAAAUUACAGUGAACGAAAGUAGAAAUAGAAAAUGUAAGGUCUCUUCGAAGAAAAGUGCGACGAAACAGAAAAGAAAAAUGAAAAAAAGAAAUCAAAAAAUGGACGAGCAGGAAUUGGAAGCAACUUCUGAUUUGGAGGACGAACUUAAUGGGCUCGAUUCGAAAUCAAGUACAAAAAUUCCCGAUAAUUAUAUGACAGGAACGGAAUCUGAUAUGGAGAUGAUAGGAGCAAGAGUCGAAGAUCCUGAUGCACCUGGUCGAAAAAGAGGGAAAGGAUUAGACAGGUAUCCAUGGUUGUGUACAGAUUGCAAUGACAAGUUGCCGAGUUUAGAAGCAUUGCAAACGCAUCACAUAGUUGUUCACAAUCAACAGGCGAAGUACAUGUGUGUUCAAUGCUGUAAAGUAUACGAAAAAUAUUAUGGAUUUUUAACGCACGUCAAAAGGCAUAGAACCAAAUCAAAAUAUAACUGUGACGAUUGCGGGAAAUCAUUUGUUCAUAAAAAAGUAUUAGAGUCUCAUAAAUCAAUUCAUAGUCAGGAUCGUCCGCACGUUUGUGCCACAUGUGGAAAAAGUUUUAGGCAACAAAGCGCAUUAUAUAUUCACAGUCGUUGUCAUUUGCCGGAAAGUAUGAAAAAUCGUUAUGAAUGUGAUCAAUGCGAUAAAAGAUUUUCCACUAAACCGAAUUUAGUGACGCACAAAAGAAUUCAUUCGGGAGUGAGAAACUUCACUUGUGACCAAUGUGGAAAAAGUUUUAUUCAAAAAGGAAAUUUGGAGGCUCAUUUUCUAACGCAUUCCGCCGAUAAGCCGUACACUUGUAGUUUGUGUCCUAAAGCUUUCAAGACUCCUUUACAGUUGAAGAAGCAUGAGACGGUUCACACUGGCGCUAAGCCUCAUCAGUGCGCAGUUUGUGGUCGAACUUUUCGUGAAAAGGGAACAUUACGAGAACAUCAUCGAAUUCACACGGGAGCAAUGCCAUUCACCUGUGAAUUUUGCGGCAAAAGUUUUCGUUUCAAGGGAAUUUUAACAACGCAUAGGCGACAACAUACAGGUGAACGACCCUACAGUUGUCUAGAAUGUCAGCAUCACUUUACUAAUUGGCCAAAUUACAAUAAGCACAUGAAACGUAGACAUGGAAUUAAUACGUCUCAUACAAAACAUCUUCAACCUUCUCAACAACAACAGCAGCAGCAACAAGAACAGCAACAAAUUCAAUCAACUCAAAUCACUCCCGAGGAUCCACUCGCACUUACUCAAUCAACCAACACAACUGUCCAAGUGAUUCAGACCGUGCCCCAUUCAUCGGUCUCGCAACCAAUAGUCGUUCAGACAAUUCCAACCACUGCCGUUCAGAGUUUUCAACCGGAAGUCUCUGGUAUCGUUCAGGAAGCUGUAUUUCGAGAUAGGAAUACAACAUAUUUGAAUGCUGUGCCAACAACAUUGCAAACUUUUCUCACUCCGAAUAUACCGUAUAAUUUUUACAAUAUUUCGAACGUCACUGAAACUGACUUGAUUCAGCACAGGUAAAGGUUAAGCGCCAAGUGAAAGGAGAAGAUGUUAUAUGUAAGUUAUCUAAAAUGUCCAUAAUUAGUAA